AUGCUUCUCCCCAAGGGCGGGCUGAACUGGAAGGCCGCGAGGGCCCAGCUGCCGCCGUCGAGAGCGCUCUGGAACGUCGCGACGAGGACGCGCUUUCUGCUGCUCCUCACCAUUGCCGGCAUCCUGAUAUUGCUAUGGCGCGGGAUCAGCAGUUCGGCGUCAGAAAUGCAGAGCUUUUACUGCUGGGGACCCUCGAAGCCGCCGAUAGACAUGUCGCAGAACGAGUACGCAAGGUGGCACGCGCACACGCAAACGCCCGUCGUCUUCAACCAUCACGCCCCGCUCAAGAUUGACUCGACCUCGAUACAGCACGUUGACCUGAACCCCAUCAAGUCUACGCGGAAAGCUGUCGCCAACGAGGAGAGGGUUCUCAUCUUAACCCCCCUCAAGGAUGCCGCCCCCUACCUGUCCAAGUAUUUUGAGCUCCUCGCCGAGUUGACCUAUCCCCAUCACCUGAUCGACCUCGCCUUCCUUGUCUCCGAUUCAAAAGACGACACCCUCGCCGUGCUCUCCUCCGAACUCGACCGCAUUCAAAAGCGACCAGACCAGAUUCCCUUCCACAGCGCCACUGUUGUCGAAAAGGACUUUGGCUACCACCUCAGCCAAAACGUCGAGGAACGGCAUUCCUUUGAAGCCCAAGGCCCGCGCCGCAAAGCCAUGGGCAAGGCCAGGAACUACCUUCUUUCCGCCGCCCUCAAGCCGGAGCACUCGUGGGUCUAUUGGCGUGAUGUGGACAUUGUGGACAGUCCGGCCAAGGUCCUGGAGGACUUGAUUGCGCACGACAAGGACAUCAUCGUUCCGAACAUCUGGUUUCAUCGGUACAAGGACGGCAUCGACAUCGAAGGACGAUUCGACUAUAAUUCGUGGGUUGAGUCGGACAAGGGUCGCAGAUUGACCGAGAGCCUAGACAAGAACGUCGUUCUCGCCGAGGGAUAUAAGCAAUACGAUACAGGCCGAACGUACAUGGCCCGGAUGGGUGACUGGCGAGACAACAAGGACGAGGAAAUGGAACUCGAUGGAAUCGGUGGCGUCAAUGUUGUCGUCAAGGCCGACGUUCACCGGUCCGGUAUCAACUUUCCAUGCUACGCCUUUGAGAACCAAGCCGAGACAGAGGGAUUCGCAAAAAUGGCCAAGCGCGCAGGCUAUCAGGUCGUCGGCCUUCCCAACUAUGUCGUGUGGCACAUCGACACUGAAGAAAAGGGUGGAAACAAAUAA